AAAAUAUCUCCAUUCCUCUGCCUCUUAUCUCUCUAUUGUGCUAUCCCGUCAGCUUCUCUCGUUGAGAAAGACGGGAAAAAGUGAAGGGACUGAGAGGGUUCAGGCGGUGGCGCACGGCAGCACCGGGCCCUCUUAUUAUACGCUCUGGUUUAUUUUCUGUUCUAUCCUUUUUGACCGCUGGCGGAACUGAAAUGAACCCAAUCGUGCUUCCAAUCACCCCUCUCUCUAAUAUUGGCAGAUUGGCGCGGCUUUGAAUCUGAAAAAAUAAGGUAGCGGAGGAGAGGGAUUUAUAGUAUUAAGAUGCUUUGGGUAAUACGGUUCUCUGGAUUCUUUUCAGCUGCAAUGGUGAUGAUUGUUCUCUCUCCUUCACUCCAGUCGUUUCCUCCAGCAGAAGCCAUUAGAUCCUCUCGCCUCGAUAGUUACCUCCGGUUACCUUCAUUUCAGGUCUCCACGUCACCGGGCUCACUGGACGAUCGGUUCACUUUCCGGAAGGCCUCCGAAUUUCGCAAUGUCGACGAAUGUGGCUUCGGCGACCCCCAAACCACUGGCGUCUGUGAUCCUUCUUUGGUACACGUGGCUAUAACCCUCGAUGUUCAGUACCUCCGCGGAUCAAUCGCCGCCGUUCACUCAAUUCUCCAGCAUUCAUUAUGUCCAGAGAAUAUUUUCUUCCAUUUCCUCGUCUCGGAGGCCGAUUUGGAAACCCUAGUUCGAUCCACUUUCCCUCAAUUGAAGUUCAAGGUUUAUUUUUUCGAUCCCGAGAUUGUACGCAACUUGAUAUCAUCUUCGGUUAGGCAAGCGCUUGAAGAGCCGUUAAAUUAUGCUAGGAAUUACUUGGCGGAUCUGCUAGAGCCGUGCGUGCGGAGAGUGAUUUAUUUGGACUCUGAUCUCGUCGUCGUUGACGAUAUCUCUAAGCUGUGGAGCACCAAUCUGGGUUCACGAACAAUCGGAGCACCGGAAUACUGCCAUGCCAACUUCACAAAAUAUUUUACAACCAGUUUCUGGUCGGACGAUCGGUUUUCAGGGACUUUCAGGGGAAGGAAACCGUGCUAUUUCAACACGGGAGUGAUGGUCAUAGAUCUGGGGAAAUGGAGACGUGUCGGGUUCACUAAGCGGAUCGAAAGGUGGAUGGAGAUCCAGAAAAGUGACCGGAUCUACAAGCUGGGUUCUUUGCCGCCGUUCUUGCUUGUUUUUGCCGGCCGAGUGGCACCGAUUGGGCAUAGAUGGAACCAACACGGUUUGGGUGGUGACAAUGUGAGGGGAAGUUGUCGAGACUUGCAUUCGGGUCCUGUUAGCCUCUUGCAUUGGUCCGGUAGCGGUAAGCCAUGGCUUAGGCUUGAUUCCAAAAAGCCGUGCCCGCUCGACGCAUUAUGGGCACCCUAUGACUUGUACGGCCACCCACAUUGAAGCCCAGCCGAGUUUUAGUCGCCGCGGCGGGAGCCUUGUGUGCUACCGACCCUGCCCACACUGUUCCUUUGCGCUCUUAGGUGGCAAUCUAAUGUUCCCCCUUUAGCCU